GGGGUGGCGAGGUCUCGCGCGCUCUCGCUCUCCCUUGCAAAGGGUUAAUUUUUCCGAUCGCACGAGGGGGAGGAGAUUUCCCUGUAGACAAGUAAAAAGGGUGAUGGACAAACGUGCGGGCACUAAGACCACAAGGCAUUCAUUUCCUCCUACGGUGGAUGCAGACGCCGGGAGGAGGAGAGCCCCAGAGCGCGGAGCUGGGAACCGAACGCAGAGAACACGUAGCGACUCCGAAGAUCAGCCCCAAUGAACAUGUCAGUGUUGACUUUACAAGAAUAUGAAUUCGAAAAGCAGUUCAACGAGAAUGAAGCCAUCCAAUGGAUGCAGGAAAACUGGAAGAAAUCUUUCCUGUUUUCUGCUCUGUAUGCUGCCUUUAUCUUUGGUGGUCGGCACCUAAUGAACAAACGGGCGAAGUUUGAACUGAGGAAGCCUUUAGUGCUCUGGUCUCUGACUCUCGCAGUCUUCAGUAUAUUUGGUGCUCUUCGAACUGGUGCUUAUAUGGUGUACAUUUUGAUGACCAAAGGCCUGAAGCAGUCAGUUUGUGACCAGAGUUUUUACAAUGGACCUGUCAGCAAAUUCUGGGCUUAUGCAUUUGUGCUAAGCAAAGCACCCGAACUAGGAGAUACAAUAUUCAUUAUUCUGAGGAAGCAGAAGCUGAUCUUCCUGCACUGGUACCACCACAUCACUGUGCUCCUGUACUCCUGGUACUCCUACAAGGACAUGGUUGCCGGGGGUGGUUGGUUCAUGACUAUGAACUAUGGCGUGCACGCCGUGAUGUACUCUUACUAUGCCUUGCGAGCAGCGGGUUUCCGAGUCUCCCGGAAGUUUGCCAUGUUCAUCACCUUGUCCCAGAUCACUCAGAUGUUGAUGGGCUGUGUCAUUAACUACCUGGUGUUCUACUGGAUGCAGCAUGACCAGUGUCACUCUCACUUUCAGAACAUCUUCUGGUCCUCACUCAUGUACCUCAGCUACCUUGUGCUCUUCUGCCACUUCUUCUUUGAGGCCUACAUCGGCAAGAUGAGGAAAACCACGAAGGCUGAAUAGUUUUGGAACUGAGGAGGAAGCCAUAGCUCAGGGUCAUCCAGAAAAAUAAUAGACAAAAGAAAAUGGCACAAGGAAUCACAUAUGGUGCAGCUAAAACAAAACAAAACACGAGCAAACAAACCCAAGGCAGCUUAGGGAUAAUUAGGUUGACCUAACCCAGUAAGUUUAUGAUCCUUUUUGGGUGAGGACUCACUGAGUGCACCUCUAUCUCAAAGGACCGCUGCUAGAAGACCCUAUUCCCUCUUUAUCUGUCAACUUUAGGACAAAUGAGAGCAAAAGUGAGCCAGAGACAGAGAGAGAGAGAAAUAGAACGCAAACAAAGGCUAUUAACACUGUAUGAAAAGUAUUUACUAAGUGUUAUAUUUCUCUGCGGAUGAAAGAAGUUUACUUAAACUGUGCGAGCACAUGCACACACAAUCCUUUCUAAUCUUUUUGACACUAAACUGGAGCCAAUAGAAUAGAUAAAAAUCGAAGAGACACAGGGUGUGUAUCUAGAACAUUAAUGCUUUUUGCAAAAAUUAAAGCCUUUUAAGAAAGGUUAGUUGUAGCCCCCAUGAGAAAAGAUGUCUUAAUCACCUCUUAUGAAAAUGGACAUAAACAACUAUAUUUCAACUAAGAAAGACUCGUGUGUUUCCCUUCACAAUACAGCUUCAGGCUAACGAGUUUGCCAAAAUUAAAUGGGGCACAAUAUUUUUCCGAGGCCCUUCUGGGAGGACGGAAACAGUGCAGCUCAGUGCUGGAAGGGGCAGCUCCAUCUCAGAGCAUUUGAUAGUUUAACAGUAAUUUCUACUCUUAAAUGAGAUAUGAAGCGUUAUCCUUGGUUCAGGUGCCCCGGGCUUUUGAACAGAAGAGUAAAGACAGAAUAGAAAAGAUAAAACGCAACCAAAUGGUUUGAAAAUGGAUUCUGUACUACAUGUGAAAAGGUUCGACCCAAUACCAUUCUUGAGCUGGGAAAGGGAAAAGACGGAAGAAGUGAGCCGAAGAUCAAUACAGUGUAUACCCCUCCCUGUUUGACUUCACACGUACUCAUUACUUUCUACAUGAAACCCUGUGUGUACAGUCCAUAUUUUCUAUAUUUUUGUGAAUUUCAAAAAGAAAUCUGCAGGGCUCUUUCUGAUAUUGGGUGAACACUGUGUUUCUGCAUCUUCUGCAUUUGCUCCCUACGCAAUGUAGAGGUGUGUAAAGUGCCCUCUGCUGGUCAAGUGGAGAUACUUCAACAAACACUUCAUGGGAAGUUUGGCUGGAACAGUUGACAACAAAGGGCCCCCUACAGACUUAUCCUUCAAAUUUUAGAUGAUAUAAAAUUCAUGUCCUAUUUUUGGCCAAAUCAGAAGACAUUCUUCCUGCUUCAAGUCAGCUUCAGAAAUUUUUUAAAGGGACUUUCGCUCUGGAACUCAGAAAAAUCAAUUAAGAGCCAUAUUCUUUAAAAAAAAAAAAAAAGCUAGAUAAUAUAAUAUCGGUAAUAUUUCAGUCCUUUACAAGCCAAAUAAAUGUGUAAACAUUCCUAGUAUCUCAAAGAAGCAAUUAUGUAAAGUUGUUCAAUGUGAUAUAAUAGUAUUCUAAUUGGUUAAAUAGCGUAAUGAUUAGACAAACUAGUUGAAAAGAUUAGGGGCUACUACACUGCAUAGAUUAUACACGUAUAACCACACAUGUAUGCACACAGAUGUGGGGUACACUGAAUUUCAAAGCCCAAAUGAAUAGAAACACAUUUUCUGGCUAGCAGAAAAAGAAACUAUUGUUUAUCUUUCUUGCUUUAUUUGAGAGUGUGCAGUAAAAGGGAUUUUUUUCAAAUUAUUUUUAUAUUAUUUUAGCUUUAAUUGUGCUGUCAUUCAUGAAACAGAGCUGCUCUGCUUCUCUGUCAGAGAUGACAAGGGCUUUCUCAGCAUCUCAUUUAUGUGUGGAAUUUAUUAGAAUAAAGUUUUAUUCCAUUCUGUGUGAAUGGUUUGAACAAUAAACAAAGAAUCCAUGCAAACCAAGUCAUGACUGAUAGACUGGGGUGGGGGCCGGGGGUAUGCAAAGAAGGAAGCUGUUAAUCUGUGUUAAAUUAUUAUGAACAGUCUAUGAUGUCUUGACAUUGGUUCGUAGAUAAGAAACAAUUGAUGGAGGAAUGUAUUAUUAUUAGGACAAAAGCUGACACGAGCUGAAAAGAGAAGUCCUGCUAUAACAACUAAUAGAUUCUUAGGAUGCAAAUAAUGUUACUUUGAGCUUUGAAAGUACAAGAUACUGUGCAAUAAGCUUUUUUUUCUUAUAACAGAAAAUAAGAAUAAUUAAAAUGAGGAAAAGAUCAAAUAACAGCUGACUUAAGUUUAAUUGUACGACCAGUUAGAGCUCAUCUGGUUGAUUUGACUUAAUUAUUUAAUCCAUUUGAUUUAUCAUUGAUCCUUUAGUACAGGUUAAAAUAAGGAAAUGAGCAUAGACCUUAAAUAGACUAAGUGAUUCCCAAGCACUUUCAUUUUGAUGCAGGUUCAUACUUGUGUUCUCUUGUGGAAUAAUUUAGAAUUUUUGUUUACAGGUUGAAUGUCUAAUAAAUUGUUUUUAAAUUAGCUAAAUAUAUCUAAAGGCAUUUCCGAUGUUUAUCAUGGGAGGAGAAAAAAAUAUUAAAAAAACAAAAUUCUGAUAUUACAGGUUCAGUACAAUGUUUUUAACAUCUCAGCUUAACUGCUUACUUAUAUCAAGAUAGGAGGCUGGAUCACUAGUCUAUGGCCAAUCUGAAACCUACCAGAGAAUUGACUGCCACAUAGCUAAUCCUGCUGUCAGUUAACAUUCCAGAAAAACUUGGGCAAGCAAGUUUUUAUAGCUGCCCCACUAUGCUGCAAUCGAUUAUCUUUCUAUUGAAGAUUUUCCACUGCAUUCCAAUUAUUUCACAAUGCAGGUGAAAACAUUCCUGCAUUGAAAAAAAAAAUCCUUCAUUUCAUAUAAGUAUAUGCAAUUUGAUUUAUCAGGUCUGAGCAUCAACCCACAUCUAUGAGUUUGCAAUGAAAAGCAUUCCAGUGAGAAAUGCUCUAUUUAUAGAGCAGGAGGUUUUAUCUGGACCUUUAGUUUUACUAAUGAGAGAAGAGCAAGUGCUACAUUCAUAUCCAGUGCCAGGCGAAAUUACCAAAUAAAUCAUGUAUUGAGAUAAUUAUUCCAGGCAAUUGACUCACAUCCUUCUAAUCACAGACCACUACAAAAAUGAGGGGAGUGACAAUACAUAGAUAUUACUUAAGGGGAAAGAGGAUUGAUUACAUACAUCUCCGUCACUUCACCUGUCUGCUAAUGUAGCUCUGAACUGAGUCAGAAACUCAGUUCGAGUGGGAUUUUUGUAGAAUUGAAUGGAAGAACACUUCUAGGAAAGAGACUCACAAAUUUUUUUUAAAAAUCAGAUGUUGCAUCCUCACGAUGAGGUAAAAACCUGUCACAUCAGAGUAACAAAUCGCCUGAAGUCAGUUACACUGGAGUAGAAUAUUCCAGAAGUCUGGCCUCAUUCCCAGACUGCUGAAUUACCUGGGAGAGACAACAUGCUCAGGUUACUAUCUUUUCUUUACCCUGGUAGAACAGCCCCUCUUCAGUGACUGUGUGUGUUACACAACUGAAGUCAGCUCCCACACAUCCUGAGGGGUUUUCCAAUUUACAAUAGUUAAUGGUUCUUUAACACGCUUAUUGGAUUUGGCCACCUGCUGAUUCAAGAGAGUUGUUAGGAGAGUGGAGAAGAUCACAGACUUUGCCUCCCAGAGUUCAGUGCUUUGUUUGAGUUUAUGUGCGUGGUCCACGUCUGUCUUUUUUAGACACUUCCCUGACAAAAGUUUCCGCCCUGAAAAGUACAAUUGUUCAAGAAUUUCAUGUUGAAAGCCCAGAACUUGACAGUAGUCCAUUCUUCUUGUUUUUGAUAUAAAUAUUUUGUUAUCAGUUUGGGAUGAUAGUAGAACCUAUGUUCAUGCUGUGAGCCAUUGUCUCUUGUAGCUUUUUUAAAGUUGUUCUUCUGACCCUUUUAUAUUUACAUACAAGACCAGAUUCUUUGUGCCUCAGACCUAUUACCAUCAAGAGAUUUUGCUAAGAA